AAAAAAACGAAUUAUUUUAAUACCAUCAUUUUAUUCAUUCAUUCAUUUAUUUUUAAAAGUUUUAUUCAUGAGCUAUACGGAUGAAGGCGGAUUCCCUGACAUCAAGGCGGUAUUCUUGGCCGAGUUUGAUACCGAGAAGGGCCCCCUCGUGCGGAUAUCGUACCCUGAGGACGCAGUGCAAGUCAGCGGGAAAAAGAGCUUCAGCGACGCAUCGCGCAACGCCAGCGGAGUCCGAACAUACUCACCGCCUUUGCAGCAGCACCACCCUUUCCACCGACACGGCUCCACAUCCACCAUGGGAGGCUACAACACCAGCAGCAACGGACCCGACAUAAUCCACCUAAUAAAGCGGCCAGCGGCAGCGGCAGCAGCAGCAGCAUCCGCCGAGUCUUCAAAAGCCGGCAUGGCGGGGAGUGGCGACAAAAUCGACUUUAACUCCAUCGAGGCAUUCGUCAUCCCCAAGCUGACACUCUUCGAGCGGCUGAUCACGGUGAGCACAGGGCCGCACAAAGUGAUGUGCUACCCGAUCUGCAUCCAAGGCGCAUAUGCGCGCAACGCGCUGAUCUUCAACAUGUGCUUUGCAUUCGAUAUUUCGGCCAACACCAAGUGCUACAGGCCAGUGGUCAAGCGCGUCGGCUGCCUUUUGAAAGAGCUGGAAACCAGCGGGCGGCUACUGAGCAACCCAGAGGGUCGACAUGCACUGCGCACGCUGAUGCAGCAGCUGGUGCGGAAGCUGAACGCGCACGGGGAGUACCAGAUUGAGCUGGAUUUAAAGGGGUUGUCGCCGUCACUGGCGUUCACGGGAAUCAGCAUUAAGCUGUUUCCGCACUAUGAGAAUCCCAAGGAGAUCGGGCUUUGGCAUGUACCGGUGCGCACGGUGGAUUUUGAAAUGGCGCGGAUGAAGUCAGCGAUGACCGUGUACCAGGAGCAGGUGGCUGGCGAUCUUCUGUGGGACCUGGUUCUGGAAAACGUCCUACUAUACAUGGAUAACAUUAACCACGUCGGGCGCAUCGCGCAACUGGCCCAGAUUGACGCACACUUGGUCGUAAGUGCGCUUAGGCAUUUGGACUACUACGGGUGCAUAGCGCUGAUAGAUAUUUUCCAAUUUGGCAAUAUUUACGAGACGCAGUAUCCGCUGAUGAACAUUUACCGCAAUGCCUGGUUGCAGCGCGAGUGCCAUCGGUUUGUGACUAAUGGAUGCUCGAACCCAUUGGUGGGCGUGGAGGAGCUUGUGAGGCUGUACGGGACGCUGAGGAAUCGGCAGCCGGUGGGGGAGUGGAUUUUGGAGAGGGGCACGGAUUUGGUGGAGCGCGUGGAUAUGCGCAGGUUUGUUGCGUUUGGCGUCAUGCAGGGGAUAUUAAGACGCGUGCAUUGUUAUCCAGUGCUGGGUGGGUCGGCGGAGGCGCUGCCGGAGGAGGUGGUGGCGCUGGUUGAUGGGAGUCACCAUUUGGACGAGAUCAGCGUUGUGCUGGAUAGGGAUAUUGCCUCACUGAAGGAGUUGUUUGACGCACAUGGUGGCAUUGAGUACAUCUACAUGUAAAAAAAUUAAAUAAAUAUUAUCUGAAAGCUGACUUGAAAAAAGUCGGUUUCUCUGCUUGCCGAUCCCGAUCCCGAAAACAAAAACAAUAAAAGUACAAGUCAUCAUCAUCACCCGCUUCGCUUUGCUUGCUGAUUACUCAGGCAGCUAGCCGAGAGCGGGGUUUAGAAGCGCUUAUGAGGAUAAGUGAGGCGUUAGCACCACCAGAAUAUGGAAGAAAUAUGUGGUAGAAAAAGAGCUGGCUAUCUCACUUCUGCGCAUAUUUGUCCUAAUCGUCUUUUGUCAUUGAUCGAGUGAACCGAACAGGAAUCCCCAAGCCCUCGCUGGAGCGGUUGAAGCAGUUGAAGAUGAUGCGCAUGUUUAGGCUUGGUGCAAUGUCUCUGUUCCAAAAGCCCCGUCUGGUUCCAGGCCCUGUUUCUU